AUGUUACCAAGAACGCGAGCUGUUUUUACCGUAAUAUGUGGGUUCCAAUUUGCAGCGAUGGCUUUUCUGGUGAUUGCGUGCAUUACUGCUCCGGUGUUUAAACAGAUAGGACUUUCCAAGUACCAGGGAACGACUUAUGGGGUGUUUGGAUAUUGUCAGUCAGAUAAGGGUUGUUCCAAGGCGGCUGCUACUUAUGAUCCUUUCGAAGUGGGCAGCGGUUCGAAUGGGGACUGGACGUUAGGAACGACUCCAAGGAAACGGUUGGGAAAGAUUCUUAUUGUGACGCCGGUUGCCGCGGGUUUGAACUUUAUUUCAUUGGUGUCGACGCUAUUGGCGUUUGCUAUUGGGUUGUUGCGCGAUUCUACUUCUGGGAUUCUGUUCACUUUGAAUUUGGCUAUGACCGCGCUGGCGUUUGCUGCGUCUGCCCUGGUGUGUGUCGUGACAUUUCUGUUAUUUUAUCCUCAUGUCACUUGGUGUUCUUGGCUGCUGAUUCCAGCAGCAGUUCUCCCUUUGAUUGCCAUUCCUCUGGUGUUCGUGGCACAUUCUUCUGGCAGAAGAGCUGGCCAUGGGGAGAGUGACGACGACUUGACGGGGAUUGUACAGCACGAUGCUAUCCUGGACAGCGAGUUUGACUCCCCAAGCAGGAAAAAUGGUUCUUACAGAGAAUUGAAUAACACAAGCGAUUCUUUGCUGGAAAAACCGCUGAUCUUGCCGUCGUAUGACAAUCUCCAUAAGCAAGAGUCGGUGGUCAGGACCGAUACCGACACUACUGCCCACUCAACUGUCGAGAAGGAUCCAUACGAGAUACAAGCGGAGACGAAGUCUCAGACGGCUUUCUCCGCCAUCAACGGUCCAAGCGGGCAGGUUCGACCACCGGUAUCGCUAUCGAUGGCUUCGUCUGAAUACUCGAAUAACUACCCUCAAAGCCAACUUCAAAAGGAGCCUCGCGACGUUUUGGAAGAUAUUAUAAAAGAUUCUCUGUCCAAGGAUGAACUGGCAGAAAGUCAUGUUCGUUCGGUGAGCGAUAAUGGUUCAGACUUCACCUCGAUCUCCCAAAGAGCUGCCCGUCAGCAGCCGGCUGGUCCCAGACCUUUCCCAUCACAACAACAGAAUAUGCCACCUAACGUGAGAUCUGCUGGUCCGGAUCCUACCGAGAUGCUUCUUCAGAACAAUCCAAACUUUCUGCACCCAAAUACUAGACGGAUGCAGCCUCCUGUUCACAACCAACAACCAAACCACUUCCCGCAGCAUCCACAUCGGCCAAGGCAUCCUAACAGCUACGGCGGAUUUCAAAAUAGCGUUCCCACACCUGUGGCGCCUUCGACGUCGACGCAUUAUAAGCCUGCGUACAAGAGGGUCGGUGCCAGAAAUAACAUGAUGCCUCCUGCCUCAUCGAUGAACGGCAAUAAUCCGUACCAGUUUAGAUAG